AUGGAUACCCAAAACAGCCAGCUUGCGCAGAAUCAGUGCGGACUCCCCGUUACUCCUGCGUCGGAAUUUUAUGUGAAUGCGGAAUCUCCAGUGGAUUCAGACACAUGCCUGGAAGACAUUCAAAUUAAAGGCAACUUGGCCAAGCCGGAAUUUCCCACUAUUGAGAGCGUGCUCCGAGGCAACCCAGGUGGUUUAGUCCGUCGCGGCGCGAUCAAAAGGCCUAGCAUGAAGAAGAGGCACGAUAGUCAUGCUUCUAAGACGUCUUUUUCCACUGUAAACUCAGAUUGCGCUUUGGUAGACGGUCGGGAUGAAGAUAUGCCAUCUGCACGCCGUCUUAGCUUUGAACAGAUUUCUAACCAGCUGUCCUCUGACUUUAAUGGCCUAGCAACCACUAGGGACUAUACACGUAGCCAGGUCUCAGAAGGUGCCCAAUCAUCGGUUCUUCGUAGGGUGGAGCUCAUCGAGACUUAUGCGGUAGUUUCGAGGAUGCCCGAUAAUAUGCCGGUGACUGUUAUUCGCCCUUCACGGUUUGUAGAGCACAUGGACGAAUAG